GGCAGUGACGGUGUCGCCUCACCUCGCGCGGUCACAGCACAACUCGUUCGGCUAUCGAGCUGCGCGUUUCUGUUCCGCGUCAAGCGUCGCGUAACAUACACAUACAGAUAAUACAUACACGUCAAGUCGGAGUUUCGCGUGCGCCGGACGUCGAUCAUCGGUUGCAUCGUCCGCGUUAACCGCCCCGAUAUUUCCUCCCUCCGUUUGACGGUGUAACUCGCGCGUGCCGAUUUCCUCUCUUUCUCUCACUUUCGUUCUGUCGCGCCGCGCGCGCGAGCGUCUUCCGCGGUGAAGUAAGUGACGGUUCCGGGGAUAAGGAGAGGACUCGGAGGACGGUUUCAGCCAUGCGAUUCUCGUGGAUGCUCGCGGCCACGGUGCUGCUAGUUCUGGCCACGGGGGUGAGAUGCAAGAGGAGAUUCGACGGUGAUUUCGAAUUCGCCGAAGAGGAUGAUCCCCGCAUAAUGAAAGUUGGAGACAAGAAACGUUGGAUACACGACCCGAAUAGUGAGCUUUGUCGUCCACUCAACUGCAAGAAGAAGGAACUUUGCCUUUUGGAGGACACGUUUACGGCCGUCUGCGUCUCGAAGAAAGAGCUUCACAAAUCAGGAGAUAUAGUGAUUCCAAAGUCUCGUGCAGUUCAACAGCGACGAAUGAGGACCGAAACCUCAGUUGAUUCGGACGACGACGACGCCUUCUUUGAUUCCGAAGACGACGACGACGAUCAGGACGAGUCAAAGUGCCAGGAAUGUCCUGUGGUGAAGCCUACAUUCCUCUGCGGAAACGACAAUCGCACGUACAGUUCGCCGUGCCGACUCGAGUACCACAACUGCAUUCAUCAUACCUCCGUCCACAUUGCCUGUAAAGGUUUUUGUCCGUGCAAAGUUGCUGAUCUGCGAAUGUACUCGAAGAAGACGCAGAUGCAAAGGAAGAAGAUGCUCAUGGGCAAGAUGGGCCGUAACCACGACAUCACCCUCACUCCCCGCGACUUCAAUUACGAUAAUCAUCACUACCAGUAUCUUAAGUACACGAAACGUGGCAAGGGACUCGCUAACGCGAACAGAUACGACGACAAGCAUCUGAUGAGCAAUGAAGUCACGGACAAGACUCAGUCACCGUCGAAGGCUAUAUACAACGUGCAGUUACCAUCCAGAAAUACGGAUUGCCCGUUGUCGUCCAAGCCUGCAAUGGCCAACCGCCUCCUAGAUUGGUUCUCCGUCGUAAUGGCGGACUCCAAGCAUCGCCGUCAGCAUCCCAAGCCUAAAGGUCAUUUCCCAAUCGGUUGUCAGAGCGAGGUCAGGUGGAUGUUCGGACAUUUGGACAGCGAUAGUGAUGGCCGACUCUCACUCUCCGAACUGUAUGGUCUGGAACACGACCAAAAUGAACCGUGCUUAAAACCUUUCCUGGAUAGUUGUGAUACCGACAGCGACAUUUUUGUGAGCGGUCCUGAAUGGUGCGGGUGCUUCUCUAAAGCUGAACGUCCGUGUGCCGCUGUACGUAGACGAUCAUCGCCGGAUUCUGCACCUGCUUGCGAUUCGCGAGGAUAUUACCGCAGCACUCAGUGUCAUCGGGGUCUUGGUCUCUGUUGGUGCGUCGAUCCGCAUGGUGUUGAGUUUGCUGGUACCAGAACGCGCGGUGCAAAGCCUGACUGCGACACAAUUGUAAACAAGAUCAGCAGCGGUGGGCUCAAAACUAACAAUGUGGACCUUGAUGACGACGAGGACGGCGGUACCGACUCCUCUCAGGAUCUUGAAGGCUCAGCCGAUCAACCUCUAGAUUUCUAGACAUAUUAAAGGCGGCGGCUAGCAACGGAAGCGCAGCAUCUUUAACCGAGCAUCUUUAAGAGCAGAGAACCGACUGUACGGUCGGAAGAAAGUGAGGGAAGGUGCGCGCGUUCGCCAGCUUUGGAAAUACCGCCGAGUUGUGAUCAGAGGUGUUCUAUGUCAUCGUCGGGCCGCCUGUCGAACCUGUCGAGGUCCACGCGUGACGAAACGAAACGUGAGCCUAAAUGAGUUCCGAGAGCAACGAAAAAGCACGACGAUCAUUAGUUAUGAGGAGGUCGGAUUCGUAGCGAAUCGUGCUACGUGGAACCGGAAAAGAUCGUUGUCGAAUUAUCAUAACGAUCUUAGUCGCGUCCUUCGUCCCAGUUAGGAAGCUCCGAUCGACAUUUAAAGUAGCGAGUGUCUUGCCAUGUCGUGCAAUAAUCGCGUAUGUCCAGCGGUAAGUGGCGUCUACAGCCCAUUCUACGCAAUCGUAGAUCCCGUGUAAUCAUAAUACCGUGCAAUAUCCAAUAGAGUCCGUGUAGAGAGUAUGCAGAUAUGGCCGAAAGUGUAUGUACGUGUGUGAGAAUUGCUGGUGACGGAGUGAGGGGAGAAAAUUCCGCAGCGAGCCGCGCAGAACACCAACCGUUGGAUUACCUCCGUGCCUAUCGAGGUAUCUCCACGCACAAUUAAAAGUAUAAAUAAUAUAAUUACGUAUCGUUUAUGCAUACACAAAACAAAAAAAAAAGAUAUUCAUGAAAUAAGAAAGAAAGGCCGAAUACUACGAAAUAAUUUCGUCGUAUUGACCAGAAGUCAUGCGUGGUGACACAAAUUGCAUUUAACGGAAAACUAAGUGAAAAACCCUAUAAGCGUAUGAUUUCUAAUUGCUAGAUUAACAAUUAUAAUAUUGAAACAUAAUGUUAAUUAUGAAUAAUAUGAAUUACGUGAUAACAAUGCAGCAACCGAACAAAAUCAAACUGGUUGAGAAAAAAAGAUACGAGAGCGGGAAGAAGAGGCGGGCGGAUGUGUGAAGUCAUUCUGCUACUGUCACACUUGCACGUUGAAACUUAGUUGAAUCACUCGAAGCAAAUAGGUUUUCGUAGCACUUACUACUUCACUUUCGGCUGUGUUUCGCCGAACGCGGUAUAGAAAAUCUCACCGUUAUUCCGCUUAUUUAUUAUAUUCUCUCGGGCAAGCUUAGAGUUCUUUAAGUUAUUCUUCUUUCCCUCAGCCAUUUUACGUUAUAAAAUUAGUAUAAGAUAUACAGAAUAAAGAACGACCUAUUUCGUACUCGUUAAUGAUCUAUUUCAUACUACGCAGUUCAAUCACGAUCAUAGGACGUCGAGCUGGUUGUUAAGAAAAAUGUGAGAUCGCUUAGAAAAUAACGUGAAAUAUUAUUAUGUCUCUAUUAUACAUUGCGCGACUCAGUUCGCGCGGAGCAUUAGGAUUCUUUACGCAAUCGGAAACGACAUCCAUCGUGCAAUGCUGAGAGUUGUUUUCUACGAAGCUAGAAAAUGUUCGACGUCGUGAUUCGUCUGCAUUUACUGUAAUUAUAAGCAUUUUUACUUACAACUUUUACUUAAAGAGUGUGUGGUACACCGUAGAUAUUAGAGUAACAUGUAAUCCGUAGAAAAAAAAGAAAAAAAAGAUCAGUGUGACUAUGUGAAUAUGCCCUUAGCGUUAGAAGGCAAUUUACGUAGAAAUAGUCGAUGCAAAAACUACACGUGUCUCAUUUAGAAUGAAAAGUGAUAAUUCAUUUUGCAAGCCUAACGCGUUUCACACACUUCGACAUGCAUUCCUUCUACGAAGUAUUCAGGGAAAAUAAUACUCGUCGUGUAUAUUGAUCAAAGACAACAUUGUUGUAUGUACCGAGAUUUUUAAACACGUCAAACAGAAUGUACAUUUUAUCUUUUUUUUCUACCAAUGCGUUUUAUUUCGACGGCUCGUGAUUGCACGGCAAUCUUUGUGAUUUCAUCGACUAUAUCGAGUUUUAUA